AUGGGUAUUGAUUGGAUCGACAUGUUCAACCUGUGGUCGGUUCCGUUCGAUACUCUCUGCAAUCAAGUUUCUGCUGUAUCCAGACCAUGUUUCGCCGAAGCUAGAGCACAGCUGCAAGCCGAGCAUCCGGCGGUUUUCGACGACUCGCUGGGCCACUGCAAGAAAACCAAGGUAAAGUUAUUCCUCAAACCUAACGCCAAACCAGUUUUCUGUUCGAAGCGACCAGUUCCGUUCAACACGAUUCCGCUGGUGGAUGCAGAAUUAACACGUCUUCAGUCUCUGGGAAUCAUCGCACCGAUCGAUUUCUCAGAGUGGGCCGCUCCGAUUGUAGCAGUCCGCAAGCCGAAUGGUAAAGUUCGCAUCUGUGCGGACUACUCCACGGGACUCAAUGAAGCGCUUGAAGCAAACCACUAUCCUCUACCUACCCCGGAGGAGAUCUUCGCACAGCUCAACGAAAGCACCAUAUUCAGCAUCAUCGACCUUUCCGAUGCAUACCUGCAAGUGGAAGUAGAUGAAGAAUCGAAGAAGCUCCUCACCAUAAACACGCAUCGAGGCCUCUUCCAAUUCAACCGGCUCGCUCCAGGGGUGAAGUCAGCGCCUGGAACAUUCCAAAGACUGGUUGACAGCAUGAUAGCCGACAUUCCUGGUGUUCGGUCGUUUCUCGGCGACGCUAUCAUCUUCGAAAGAACCUGGGAGGAACACAAGGCGUCACUAGACAAGCUACUACAACGUCUAGGGGAAAAUGGGUUCCGUGUCAAGCUGGAAAAGUGCCAUUUCUUCCAAACCGAAAUCAGAUAUCAGAUUCUCAGAAUCCGGAUCCAGAGAAGCUUCAAGCCAUCGCCUCUAUUCCGGCACCCACCAAUGUUUCCGAAGUUCGAUCGUUCCUGGGAGCCGUUAAUUUCUACGGCAGAUUCGUGCGCAACAUCCAUGAACUUCGUCAUCCUCUCGACCAAUUACUCAAGAAGGAUUCGAAGUGGCAGUGGAAUUCCGUUUGCCAACGGUCUUUUGAGCAAUUCAAGCAAGUCCUGCAGUCCAAUAUGUUGCUGA